AUGCGUCGCCAUGCCUUCCUCUACAGCAAGGGGAUGAAGGAGUACAAGGACAGCGGGAAAAAGAAUCGUUUGUGGCAGGAGAAGGCGGAGGAUCUGGGUGUGGAGUCGGGGGCUUUACUGAAGGUCUGGUACGAGAGCGUACGUACCAAGGUUGGGAAGAUAUCCGACAAGAAGAGCGGCUCGGCCCACAAAGAUUUGACAGAGAGGGACACCUUCUUGAUGUCGAACUUCGGCUUCCUGGCGACUCACAUUUCGCGCAUGAAGGGAACCACGGCAUUCAGUUUGAAGAGUCAGCUCGCCUCCGCUUCCUCGGUGUCUGGCAGACGAUCCAGCUCCUCCGAGUCUGAGAUGGACGUCGAGCUGGAUGACCUCGAACCCGCUGAGCCGAUUCAGACGCCUCCCAUCGACUCUUCGCAGCCUUCUUCGCAGCAUUCCCAGACCAAGGGGAAGACGAACGUCCUUGGGGGCAGGAAACUCUCUGCCAAGUCCUCAGCCAAGUCCUCCACCCGCAUCCAGCGUCCAGUGGAACCCGACGCAGAGGCCAUCGAACUUGUCAGCACCAUGCAGAGCCAACAUGAGCGAGCCAACGCGAUUCAGAGCCAGAUCUCAGGUCUUCUGGAGCGCGAACAGACGUCUGCCACAGCUGCCUGGGGUUCGUGGAUCGGUGCCAUGGCAGCUGAUAUUGACCCACGCCUACUCCCGAGAUUCUACCGCCAUAGUCUGGACCUGGUCCUGGGGUUCGUCGAUGAGUCCAAGCAGCUUCCACCCCUUUCGGUUCCUAUCGCGCAGCAGGAGCAGCAGCGGCCUCUUCCGUUCGUGGUGCCGAUGCCUAUCCCGCCGCCGCCCUUAAGCAUGCAGCAGGACCAGCAGGGGACGUACAGCGCCACGAUACCUCCCUUGUCGUACCAUGGGGGACGUCAGGGACAUCAGGGACAGCAGAACCAGCAGCAGAACCAGGGUCAACAGACGUGGUUCCACCCCAUAACAGAGAGACCAAGCGCGAGCAGCUCCUGGGACACCAUGGGACCUACAGCUGGGCAGAACAUAUCACAUGCAACUCAACCCCAACGACCAGCGAGCACGCCAAUGAACAUCAGUAGCAGCUUGCUGCCAAAUGUAAGUGACAUAACAUUUGGUUCACCUUUUCCUACUACAACUCCUGUUCCUGUUGUUCGUCAACAUAAUGAAUCCGACCUGCAGAGCACGGAACUGUCAACACUGUGA